GGGCAACCUCAUCGCAGGCUUCUGGGUGUAAUGGAGGUCAUCGCCGCCGUUCAGCGACAAAUAGAGCGGUGGAGCGCUGGAGGGGAAAUAGAAUGUUGCGACACGCUCAGAGCCGCCCACAAACGCGCCUCGGACCCUCAAGUCUUGGACACGCUCACGACGACGUAUCAAACGCUCUUGUCAUCGACGCUGGCUACAUGGGUCCCGAAACACGCGCUCUCCCCCGCAGCGUUCGUGUCGUUCGUGAAGAAGGCUCAGGACGGUCUCCCGUCUUCCUCGUCCGGCCCUCCCGCAUUCUCGGACAAUCUCUUGGACAUGAUCUGGGCUUUGUAUGCGCAGCUGGACGAGCUGGCUUCUGCGAAAACGACAGUGACGAAUUGCGGGGACACGCCGGAGGGCAGUCUCGCGACCGCGCAGACACAAGCCAAAAAGGCGGCGGAGACGGCAGAGCAGGAUAAACAGGUCCUCACUGGAAUUGUCAAGCAGCUAUUGGAACUUCGUCUCGUAGCGCCGACCACGAUAUUGGAGCGGUUGGAUACGAAGAUAGCUGAGGAUGCAGGUCUUGUGAACAAAGUUGCAUUUGACAAGAAGGAGAUUCGUGUGCGAACGGGACUCUUCUACAAGCAGAACAAGUUCAACCUUCUACGUGAACAAUCUGAAGGUUACAGCAAGCUCGCGGUGGAACUUACCAGUAACCUUGGACCUGCACAUUCAUCCAUCACUGGCGAACCGAUAGAGCCAUACUUUGCCAUAGAAGAACGAGCACGACCUGUAUGGGAGAAACUCAUGAGUCUCAUUGGGUACUUCGAUUUGGAUCCCAACAGAGCUUUGGACAUCAUUCUGGACGUGCUCAUUGUGCAUCUGUCUGCCCAUUAUAGCUUUUUCCUUGCCUUGCUUUCGUUCUCACCAUGGGCGCCCCCGACGAGAAGGCCGUUGAACGAGAGGGAUGGUAUCGAUGAGCCGAUACACUGUUAUGAGGGAAAGAUUCUAGAUGACGUGCUGGCUAUGGCCGAUCAUGGAGGGGAGCAGCCUGCAUCAGUUGAAGUCAGCGAUCCGCGUGUGUUGGCACAAGUGCUUGGCUUCAAGUUCACAUACUAUCAAUCUGCCGAUGUUACUGAAGCAACACCGAAGAAUUUGUAUCUCACUGCUGCCCUAUUGAUUCGACAAGGCUACAUUACUCUCGAAGAUCUACAUCCUCAUUUGGCCCCCGACGACGUUGAGAUGGAGAAAGUGCGGACCGAGUAUGCGAACUCGGUCAAGGCCCGAAUGAGUGCUGCUCGAGUCAGUGCAUUGGCCAUGGCGGCUCCUCUGACACAAGAAGGACCUCCCGCUGCAAAAAGUAGCAGCAAAGUGACCUCGGCGAAUCCGAAGCCGGCAGAAGCGAAGAAACAGGAAAACCAAAAGUUGGAGCUUCUGAAAGCUCUGCUGGCAAUGGGCUCGCUCCGACCCGCCGUGGCGACCAUGUCCAAAUUCCCAUAUCUUGUUGAUGCGCACCCGGAGACCGCGGAUCUGGUGUUGAGGGCGCUCAAGCACUCGGUUUCGACGUUGUACGAGACACAAGUGGCCAACAAGCCUCGAGCUGCGAAUUUCGGGACACCUCGACCCCGCUUUGGAACGACGGGCAUCAUACGGCCACCUCCACGGAAGGGUCUGCUCACGCUCGUCGCACCAACUCCGCCAUGUACCGCCACCCACGACUUCGUGUUCUUUUUCCCGCGGUGGACAGAGCGGAUACCCGUCUGUUCGACGCUGGACGAGCUGAUUCACGUAGUGAAGCCGCUCAUGGCAUUCGUCGGCAUCCAUGCCUCACGUGAUCCAGUGUUCCUGACGAAGCUUUCGAGACUCGCCAGGGUGCAUCUCCAGGCGUCCAAACCCAGCGACGAUGGUGAAGAUCCUAUUCGGAGCUUCUGGUUCAUGAUGUUGCGCAAGUAUCUGCUGCCGUGUCUGAGCCUAGGCAAAUCGAAUGCGACGCUGAUCGUGGACGUCUGGAACACUAUUCGGCAAUACGAAGCGGAGAAGCGCUGGCAAUUGUAUGGAGAGUGGAAGACGACUAUGUAUCAGUCGCAUGCUGAGUUGCGGGUGCGAUUCGUGCAGGUUGACAGGGAAUCGAAAGGUAUCAUGCGCCGGCUGUCGAGCCAGACUGCAGAUUCUCUCUCGGGUUCGGUGUCGAAGCUGGUCAACUGCCAUCCGUGCAUCUUUUUCGCCAACGCGGUAAACCAAGUGAUGGCGUACGACAAUCUGGCGCAGGUCGUGGUGAACGCGUUCCGCAAUCUGACAACGAUGGCGCUGGAUGUGCUGGUGUUCAUCAUUCUGGAUGCACUCUCCAAUCCAAACAAGGACCGGGUCAAAGAGGAUGGGGUGAACACGAGUGAUUGGCUGCAAAGUCUCGCGUCGUUUAUCGGCAUGCUCUUCAAGCGCUACGCCGGAGAUUUGACGCCUGUGCUCAAAUAUGUUGUCAACCAGCUUCACAAUGAGCAAACCGGCGAGCUCAUUGUCCUACGCGAGCUCAUUUGGAAGAUGGCUGGAAUAGAACCUCUGCCGAGUCUGUCUGACUCGCAGAUCGCGGCGAUGGCCGGAGGACCCGUACUGCGGAUCGAAGCGAUCGCGUCCAGCACCCGAGGAGCUGCGCUGGAUCCAAACGAGGUGCUCAGAGGACCCCAAAGGCUUGGAAAGGCGCUCGUGGACUCGUCGCUCGCGCUGCCGCUGCUGAUCCAGAUAGCCCAGCAGCGAGAGGCUUGUGUAUACAAAGCCCCCACACCUCACCUCAAGUCCCUGUCCAGUCUGUUCGACUCCACGCACGGUGUUCUCUUCCAAUAUCUGGAGCUGCUCACUUCUCCGUCGAUCGUGUCUGGCGAGGAUUAUGCAACCAAGGUUCUGCCGUCGCUCGCUGAACUGGGCGAUCUGUAUGGGAUUUCUGCCCCGAUGUGCAUGCACAUCAUCCGGCCCGUCUUGAAUGCCAAGUUGAUGAUUGCCGCCCAAGCGAUGCAGGAGACCGAGCGCAUCGCUGCGGAAGAGCAAGAGAAACGGCUGAAAGCAGCUCUCACUGCGAAGCUGCAAUCAUCGACUUCGACUCCGCGAGUCGCUUCCCCUGGGGUGGAUGUGAAGCCUGAAGCAGAAGCUAAAGCUGAGGCGGAAGUCAAGGCUGAAGCGGAGGCUAAGGCUGAAGCCGGCAAAGAAGAUGUGAGCAUGGAAGGAGUCGAUUCGCCUACACCUGUUCCAGUGGUGCAACCAAAGAGUCCCUGGCUACCUGAACUUGUUCCUCUGUUCGACGACAUCAAGAAGAUCGCGCCGGCGACUGCCAUGGAAGUCUUGGGCCCAGCGUUCUAUCUUUCGUUCUGGCAGCUUUCGACCUACGAUUUGUCGCCUCCGAGCGCCAAAUACGAUGAGAUGUGCUCGACACUCAAGAACCUGGCGAACGAGGAAAACCGCAGAGCUCAGUCCGCUGACAGAUCUCCGGAUCGCAGUGUCCGGGCUACUGUGCCGUCGCACCGCGCGAAAAGCCACCGUUACACGACCUUCAUUACCCAUUUGACGGAGGAGUACAAGCAACAGACCGUUGCACGGGCUUUUACCAUUAAAAGAUUGGCGCGAGAGAAACAUCACUGGUUUGCCAAAACAUCGAGCCUGUCGUCUGUGAUCAUCGGUGCCUUUGUCGACCAUUGCAUCCAGCCACGGUGUCUGCUGUCGCCCAUGGACGCGGAUUAUUGCGCGCAGUUCAUCAAGCUCCUGCACACACUGAACACGCCCUACUUUCACACGGUCAAGUGCUACAACCGGAUCCUCGGAGAAGACACGGUCCGCGCUGUGCUCUUCUCUUGUAGCGAAUAUGAAGCCCGCAACUACGGCCGCUUCCUCCGCGGGCUGCUGGCCGACACACUCAAGUGGUAUCAGAACCAGGAUCAGUACCAUGCCGACAACCAAUCUGUGGUCCGCGGGAAUGUCGUCUACCACACCGGAUUUGUGCCGAAAUGGACGGCGGGGCCGGUUGAGCUAAAUGAUCUGCUGGAAUGGGGGACGAUGUUCCGGCGCAUGGUGCGCAAGUGGCACCUCCGGAUGAGCAAAUGCUUCGCCGAAUGCAUCCGGACGGGGGAGUACAUGCACAUCUACAACGCGAUCAUCAUGCUCAAGGAGAUGUUCCCGGUGUUUCCGCUGUCCGAGGUGUCGCCUGAAGCGUGUACGGCACUGCACCAGGCGAUGGUCAAGUUUUUGGAGGUCGAGACCAGGGACAAUCUGAAGAUCCUGGGCCGAGCGUACUUUGCCAGCUUGGAUAAACGUGUGGAUGCCAAGACUACGACGACGGCUAGUACGAAAGCUGCUGAGAAACCGGUCAAAGGUGUGGAGAAACCACCGACUUCGGCGAGGGAUGCUGCUCCCAUAUCGACUCCCGCACCGGUACCAACUGCUGUUGCGACUCAAGCUCGAGCACCGUCAGCGCCACGAGCGCAGCUCGCUGCCAUUCCAGCAUCAGUACCGGAGAAGCCGGUCGGACCUGCACCAACAUCAUCUACGUCGUCCAUGUUCGCAAACAUCCAGAAGCCUCCAUUUAUGAAGCGCGUGCGAGAUGGUGCGCCGCCACUUCUGGCGUCCAAUGAUGCUGAAGGCUCGGCUGGGGGCUCGAGGUUCAACAGCCCGAGCUCAGUGCACAACUCGCCGCGUCCGGUCGUGGCGCCCUCGACCCCGACACCAGCCAUGCCGCCGCCCGCUGCACCGAGCCAGACAAGGGACGCCCAAGAGCUGAGGGAGACUGCGAAACAGUCUAUCGUCAAGAAGGAGAGUGCCGCUCCGUCGAACGGCAAUUCUCGCGGAUCGUCUCCCCGGCGCAGAUCAACGUCCCCAUCUCGACCGGGAACGAGGAAUCACAGCGCCGAGAGUCGCAACAGCGGAGGCCGGGAUCGUGAGCGCGACGAGGGCAAGCGAUCAUCUGACCGCGACCGCGAACGCGAUCACGUGCACGGUCAGGUGCGACGCGAGAGUGGCCGCGAGUCCCGGGGCGGCGAAUCUCGGGACAAGGACCGACGAGAUAGGCAUGGUGACCGGGAACGCGACCGCGAUCGAGAACGGGACCGGGACAGAGGCGGAGACCGGGACAGGCAUGGAGAUCGGGACCGGGACCGGCAUCGUCGAGAGAAAGACGCACCAUCUAGGACCCCAGGGGGACCCGGGACGGCGAUGCCGACCUCGGUGACGGAACCGAAUUUGAGGCAUCGCAACGGGGCGCCGGAUGAUGGACUGGGCAAGCGGCGGAGGUCAUCGACGGAUGAUGAUCCGGACCGGGGAUCGAAGCGCAGCUCCCGUGCACACCGAGACGAGCGCAGUCGUCGGCCCGAGAGCGAUCGACGGCGGAAGGAGGAGGAGGGGGAUAACAGGACCUUGGACGAAGCUUCCUCAAAAUCAGCACCACCCUCCACUCCCACUCCCGCUCCUGCUCCUGCUCCUGCGCCUGCUCUUCCUCAGACCCCAGCGGUGUCGGUCCCGUCUGGCCCACGUGCCGGACGACCGACACCGCCAGCGCCUUCACCGAUCUCGGCACCCCAUGGGCUUGCUCGUGGACUACCGCCGAUUCCGGUGAGCUCGAGUACGCCAAUGCUGUCGAUGGGGAAUGGUGCCGGCCACCGACCACAGUCGCCGCCAUUUAGCUCUAGUGCCAGUAGCGGCGGCGGCAGUCUGCGCUCGCGGAUGGGCGGGAUCAUGUCACUCGAUCCUCAUGCUGCGCCGUUCCGACCGAGGGAGGACGACAGGGACCGGGACCGGGAUCGGGACAGCCGUAAGCGGACGGCAUCCGACCGGGAUCUGGAUAACGGCGGGCCUGGCUCGGAGCAGAAGCGACCGCGUGUGCUGCAUCGCAAUCGGUAUGUCGGGCCGCCAUCGUCAGGCCCGAAUUCGCCGAAUCCGAAUCAGUACAGCGGUGUCGCGAGGAAGACGCUGCCGAUUGACCGUCGGCCCAAGGAGUAGUUGUUUGUAGGCAUAUAUCCAACCAGGUGUAUGUACACGAUGCAAGGAUGGCUGUGCAGAAUAGUGGAGUCAGACGCUGUCUCUUCUGCUUCUCUCCCUCAACACUCACUGCCUUUUCUCCACAUACCGCAGCGAAAGAAAGACCAAGCUAGUUACGCGACAGAACAGGCGCUGAGAUUCAAGCCGGCGAGCAGAAUGAUACGAUUGAGAUUCUAUUCCCAAUUCCGUGCAAUGUAAGCAAUAGAAUGAGGUGUGUCGCAAAAAUCUGAAUUGGCAUAUCUGUUAUGGUCAGCGCUGAUAGGUAGGGCUCAGGCCUUCAGCCUGAUGACUGGCUGAUCUCCGUAGGAAAGGUUGAAUCAGUCGUCAUCAGACGGUGAUCAGACGUUGAUCAGGGAAUGGUCAGCAACGCAUCAGGUGAGUAUCGGACGUCAGUCAGGCGGGAAUCAGCGGUUGAUCAGAAAACUACCAGGCCCUGGUUUCAGCGGUGAAGACAAAAGGAGAACAGGCUUUCUUCCUUGCUCCAUCUUCACUUUUUUACAUUCACGUUUGGCACUGCAUUUGAACAGGGUAUCGCUUCACUUUCACUUGGAUAUUCAAUUAAUUUAAUUAAUUAAUGUCACACUGUUAUUCAGCCUUAAUGAUAAUAAUUUCACUCGAUUUACUUCACAGUGGGAAUCGAACGCGAGAACAUGAACUACUAGACCAAUACAGACCACUACACUAUGUAGGCGCGUGUUGCACUGUGUGCUCCAGUGCUAAGUGUCGUCGGAGACUUAACACAGCCACUUGCAUCAUGAUGACGCAAACCAGAACGACCCUUCCACUCGCAGCUCGCAGCGUACCAGCAUCUUUCUACACAGGACUGUGAAGUUCAACAUAUCUCUCGACAUCUUCCCAACAAUAUUGCCAUUGGAACUUUGCGGUCUGCGCAUCGCAACAAGCCGAGACCAUAUCCUCUGAGGUCCACCUUCGACGCUCAGCUGCAAGGACUCGGAUACAUUGACAAGCGUCGCCAUCAACGCAAACGAGCGGGCCGCCGGAUGCAUGUACAAUGGGUAUCACUCCAGCCGCCUGGCCCUGUGCGUCAGCGCUGCUGACCAAAGCGAAAGAGAAGAGAGAGAAGGCGACGUACCAUGAACUCCAUAACAUUGAUCCUGAAGUGUUCAUCCAGCACGACCCAGCCAAGCGAGCACCUGCGAGUACGGUGCGUUCAGCACGAAUUGCACAUGGUUCUGUCCAGAAUAGGCAUCUGCCGAUCAUGACCGGCUGCACGCCCCGCGCAGCGUACUCUGGGCGGUUCUGCAGCAGUGAAUGCAAUGCGCGGAGCUGCAUCGGAAUCACGCGCUCCCUCCCCGUGAGCGACAGCCGCGCCAUCUCGCGCGUGUCGCAUGAGGGGUACACGACGCGCGUGCGUACGGUCGCGGCGGGCCCGAACGGGGGUACGCGAGCACGAUGUCGACGUGCCGAUUCGUCCAGCCCUAGUUGACCAGCACGGCACUCACGCGGCGCAGCGUGAGCGCGUAAAGCAGCAUGAACGCGUGAUAGUACGCGCGCUUUGAAGAAUCCGAGUGAACGUGUAUUGAACACGAACAACGACCUCGUCGCCCUCUGAAGCGUCGACUUCCUGUUGAAGAUCGCUCCAACCAAUCUUGAUUCUCACUGGGUUUUCGGUGCACCAUGGGACUACGGGGACAGUUGAGCUCUGAUAGGCUGAAAAAAUACAGAGAAUGACGAGCUUUUCCGUAACUUCGAUGUCCAACUCUGCUAAUUCCUCGCCAACAAGUUUCCUGAGAUGUACAUGAGUGCGGAACUGUCUUUCAAGGUCGAGAAAUCCAUUAUCUGGUCGACACAGUUGAUGCGGACAUAUUUUACGCUCUCUGAAUGCGGUACAACAUAUAUGUCAUUGAUCCGUAGCAUUUCCCAAAGACAUAGCCUUAUUACAACUUAUAAUACCUGAUCCCAAACUGACCAGAGGCUGACUCCCGUCUGAGCAUACCUGACAAGAUCUUACCGGCCUGACCACCGCCUGAGGAUAUGUGGUCAGGGUCUGACAACAAGCCGUCAGUUCAAAUCAGCCGCAUAUCGGUCCGUCAGGACUGAUCAUAAA